CGUAGCGGCUUAAAACAGUGCAAACAUGGCGGACGCUGAGCGAAGUUUAGACCGUGGUUCGGAGUUGUUGUGCGAUAAAUGAGCAGUUUUCCGUAUUUUGCUGUGAAAGACAAUCUUCAAUGACUUGCGUUUCUUCUAACGUAUUUCAUACAGCCCGUUUUAAUCGAUGUUACGCUCGUCGUGAAGAGAAACAACACAUUCUUUCAACUUUCUAAUGCCGGUAAACGCACAGCAAUCCGCUCCUCUAAAUCAGACUGACAGCUCAUUACAACUCUGUUUGUGCUUCUAUCUCACAACUUAUGAUGAGUUUAACAUUUUCACAUCUAGUUUGCGUAUUAAUUUCAGCUGUUAUAACAUGACCUUGAGUCGAAUAGUUUCGUUCAUUCAGCAGUAACAGGUGGAUAUUGAGAUGACAAUCUACCGUUUCACUCCAUAUUUUACUUCAACUUUUGUAUUAUAAUACCCCAGGAAACGAUGUAGUUUUAAGUACCCCUAAAAUCCACUAAGUUGUUUUUACUUUAAUUUUGCCGACUUGUUUUGCCGUGAAUAAUUUUUUCGGACUUUUGACGUCACUCGCGACGCUAAAUCCGCAUAUUUUCAGCUAUUGUGCGAGUUUUAUCUUUGCAACAAUGUGCAAACUUCUCAAAUAUUGUUUUAGCCACUUUCUGUAUGCUGCCAUGACAUGGCUGGAUGAAGCCAACAGAGGGCUCAAUAUGUGGUCAUCAGUUCGAUACCUCGGUUACCUGUCCAGCUUGAACUCCCUGGUGGCCAUUUGCCUGGGACUGUAUGUACAAUGGGAGAAAACCGCCGACACUAUCAUUUUAGUCAUUUUUAUUUUGGGCCUCUUCGUUCUUGGGGUUGCCUGCAUACUCCACUACUAUUUCGCUAUGGAGAAAGUUAGCCUGUUUCUGUUACAUCUUUGGUUUGGUUUCCUUCUGGGUUUGCUAUGCUUCAUCAAUGUCCCAUCCAAAGAGCUCGAUAUUAAGGAGCAAGUGGCUAACUAUAUGUUAACAGCGAGCGUUGCUAUCAGAAUCCUUUGGGCUUUGGUUGAAAGAAUGUGUGGUUGUACUAGACAUCAACCCGCGUUCCUUACCUCAAGGGAAGCUUUGGAGCUCACAGGUUUUGCUGUGGCUAGCACCUUGGUCAGCUACAAAUCCAUAAGCCUCAUAGUUCUAACACUCGCUUUAGCUGCUCUAAUCGUGGUCUUGCGCAUGAAGUCUCUCUUGGCUCUACCAAACCUGGCCUGCUUUUCAGGAGUCGCUGCGCUCUUCUUCCAGGAGUCUUUAGGGGUGUCCACCAACCCCUUCGCAUUGUCUUGUUUUUUCAGUCGUCUCGUCUGUGACCCAUUCCUAGACAUCUACUUUAGCGGACUUUCAGUAACUGAACGUUGGUCUCCGCUCCUCUUGAGAAGAGGCCUGUGGAGACGCUUCACGCUUCUGCCGUUGCUGGUUGUGGAGGUGACGUUUCUUGUCAUGGCUUCUCUGAAGAUGAGAGAUCUGGAUCGGUGGUACCUGCUCAUCCCGAGUCUUUCAGCAUCUGCUGUUUUCUGGAUCAUCUGUCAUCUGGUUUUCCUCGUCACGGUCUGGGGUUUUCACAGUAAGCUGAGUGACUGUCAGAGAUUGUGUACUGUGCACAUGUCUGAGCCUGGAGAACUGGACCGGAUCAUGGCAUCUAAAGGAAUGCGGCACUUCUGUCUCAUAUCAAAACGCCUGGUGCUCUUCAGCCUGGUGUCCACAGUCAUACUCGGAGCUCUGGGUUGGCAGUCGUCCAACAGUCUGUUCAUCUCCUUGUUUCUGCUGGUCCUGUCUCUUGAGUCUUUAGCCCACGGGCUCUUCCUUGAGCUGGGAAACAGUCUUGGUGGAACAUGUAUCGGCUAUGCUGUGGUGAUUCCUACUAACUAUUGCAGUCCAGACGGUCAGCCCACCCUGCUUCCCCCGGCUCAUGUUCAAGAGCUCAACCUGCGUUCCACUGGGAUGCUCAACAACGUGCAGCGCUUCUUCUCUCAUCACAUGAUCGAGACCUACGGUUGCGAUUACUCCACGAGCGGCUUGAGUCUGGAGGCCCUGCAGGCCAAACUGCGCAUAUUCAUGGAGGCGCAUACAACUGACGGCCCACGACACGACACCUACGUGCUCUAUUACAGUGGACACACACACCGCAGUGGAGAGUGGGCACUCGCAGGUGGAGAUGUGUUGCGUCUGGAUGAGAUUGUUCAGCUUUGGAGAGAGAAGAACGCUGGAUUCUGCUCUCGCCUCAUCAUUAUCCUGGACACUGAUAACUCUGUGCCCUGGGCGAAGGAGGUGCAGAAAAUCGAGGGUCUUUACAUCGCAGUUCAAGGGGCCGAACUGUCCAGUCCCACAGACCUAGAGCUCCAAGAUGCUCCUCAACUCGGUGACUUCACCACCCAAUGGGUUGAUUUUAACUGCAACCCUGACAGUAUAGUUCGGUUUUCGGAGCGCGGACGGUCAGUUCGCGCGGUUUACGGUAUUUCCAGACACUGGAGUGACUAUAAGCUUCAUCUGCCCACCGAUAGUGAUGUCACCAGGCAUUGGAGACUCUAUUUUCCACGUCUGACUUACCCUGUGGUUCAGCUGGCACAUUGGUGUGGUGGGUUGAAUAUCUUCUGGGUUUGCGGAUACUGCGUUCGGCUGCUACGAAGGGUCAAACUCACAUGGUUUCCACCCGCUGUGCUUGAUACAGGACAAGGGUUUAAGCUGGUCAGAUCAUAGAAGAAUGUUCUGGAUGGUGAGGAUACUGUAAAAGCAGCUGAUAGGGCUGAGUAUGGACAAGUUGGUUGUGUGGACCAGUGUGGCAAUUUCUAAAAUCUCAGGUGUGAAAAGUG